CAAGACUUGAAUUCAACUUGGCACUCAAAUCUGAGACUAUAUAUAGAUGUCUAAUUAGCCUUUUCCGCCCAAAGGAGCUGAAAGCCUGUCUCAAACCUCAACAGCGAAGAGAGAAGAGAGAGGAGCCGGAACGAAGACUCUUUGCUUUAGCCUUUCCCUCUUUCUUGCCCAAGUUCGCGUUCCCUUCAGAGACUGGAGCCGGAGAAGAAAAAGAUAAUCUAUGGAGGGCGGCGCAGGAAAAGGUUUGGAAUGCCCGAAGAUUAUGGAUGGGAAGGCGAGUAAUGGGAAGGGUUUGAAGAAGGCCAUUCCUUCUUGUUGCCUAAAAGCUAAGGCUUCGGCCCCUGAGAAUGAUGCAAAAUGCCAUUCAACUGUUGUUUCUGGGUGGUUCUCAGAACCUCAGUCAUGCUCUGAUAAAGCUGGCGAUCUGAUGUAUUUCAACAACCCGAUGUGGCCUGGAGAAGCACAUUCACUGAAAGUUGAAAAUAUUUUAUUCCAGGGAAAGUCUGAGUUUCAAGAGAUCCUGGUUUUUGAGUCGUCAGCAUAUGGCAAAGUGCUUGUGCUUGAUGGCAUUGUUCAGUUGAGCGAGAAAGAUGAAUGUGCCUAUCAGGAGAUGAUUGCUCACCUUCCCCUUUGUUCAAUUGAAUCCCCCAAGAGAGUUCUGGUUGUUGGUGGUGGUGAUGGUGGGGUUCUUAGGGAAAUUUCUCGCCAUAGCUCUGUUGAGCUUAUUGAUAUUUGUGAGAUAGAUAAGAUGGUUAUAGAUGUGUGUAAGAAGUUUUUCCCACAGUUAUACGUUGGGUUUGAAGACCCUCGUGUCCAGCUUCAUGUUGGGGAUGCUGUUGAAUUUCUUAGACAUGUACCUGAAGGGAAGUAUGAUGCAAUUAUUGUUGAUUCAUCAGAUCCUGUGGGUCCUGCUCAAGAACUUGUCGAGAGACCCUUUUUUGAGACAACAGCCAGAGCUUUGCGUCCUGGUGGUGUUCUUUGUAACAUGGCUGAAAGCAUGUGGCUCCACACACAUCUUAUUCAGGACAUGCUUUCUAUUUGUCGUGAAACAUUCAAGGGUUCGGUCCAUUAUGCAUGGGCAAGUGUUCCUACAUAUCCAAGUGGUGUGAUUGGAUUUCUAUUGUGCUCAACUGAGGGGCCACCUGUGGAUUUCUUGCAUCCUGUUAACCCGAUUGAGAAGUUAGAAGGCAAUCUCAAGUGUGGUAGAGAACUUAGGUUUUAUAACUCGGAGAUUCACUCGGCUGCUUUUGCAUUACCUUCAUUUGUGAGGAGGGAGGUGAGCAUUCUGCACAAUUCUCCAACCCCAGCACAACGAAUCUGUGUUUCUUAGCCAACUUUUAGCAGCAGUCCCUAUUUUAUUUUUAGGAUAAAGAAGAACAACACUUCCAGUAUGGGAAAAUAGCCAAUUAUCACAUAAUCAUAUAUAUGUAGAUGUUUCAACCAAGCUUUGGUCUUGAGGGUUUUGAGAAAAUCUAGCAUGUAAUAUGAGCCACUUGCAACAUCAUUUCUAUCAUAACAGUUGCCUACCUCACCACUCUCUCUGGUAGUUGUGUGACCUUAUAUGCUUAAUGGCUCAUGGGUAUUCUCUCUCUCUCUCUCUCUCUCUCUCUCUCUCCCUAUAUCUAUAUAUGUAUAUGUAAAUGAGAGCCGUCUCUGUUCUGGGAAAACGCAAUUUGUGAUUGUGUGGGUUGUGUUUGUACUUUCAAGACACUGAUAAUGAGAUUACUUUUUAUAA